AUCUUAGUAAAAAGUGGAUGCUUUUAGAGGCUUACGAAGAAGUGAAGAAAAAUUCCCAAGCUUCUCUUGUUUGUACAAAUUAUAAUUUGCCAAACAUGCAAGGAGCAACUACUCCAAUCAAUCGACCUGAUCAAGGAACGCAGCCAAUUCCUCACUUUCAAAACGGGGGUCCUAUAGGCCGAAGGUCAACGGUACCAGCGGGCACAACAGCACAAUCCGAAGAAAAAAGUACAAACUUUACAGAAAAUGACGUUCUUAUUUCGUCUGGAGUAGAUAUAAAAGCUGAAGAAAUCAAUAUUCGUAGAGAACACGAGUUAUUGGCAGCGCGUCAAGCUUCCAUGUUAGUUCAAUAUCCCGACCGUUCACGUUCCCAAAAUUUCUUAAAUCAAAGAAGUCUUGCCGCAAAAGUUCAAUCAAUAGCAUUACAGCACAAAAUAGUAAACGUACACCCCGAAGCAUUAGCUUACUUGGCACUCGCCACACAAGAAAGAAUCCAAGAACUAAUAGAAACAAUGAUAGUAGCGAAAAACCACAGAAUACAUUCGGAACAUAUAAAUCUUCCCCUUACCUCCGAAAACAGUCUGCCCAUGUAUAAAGAAGUUGUCAGCCUAGAUGUUAGAUCACAAUUAGCUGCCAUCGAAAAAGUUGAAAGGGAACAAGAGCGUAAAAGGCAGGAAAGUCUCGCUGGUUCAUCACAAGAUAAUAUAGGUGAUGACCAAAUGGACGAUGUAAAAGAUUCAGCUGAUGCUCCGACUCAUCAACCAAAACGUGUUAAACGUCAAAAAAAAGAAUCCUCAUCUGCUUCGUCAUUGAAGCUUACUAAUGAAGCUAUUGCCACAAGCACUAAUCAAACAGCUUUGGUGGCUGCCGGUGGCCUAACGAAAAGUUGGAUGUUACAAGGUGCUAUUGAUAAAACUUCUCAGUCUUCGGCUAUAUCUUCAAACAGCAACGGUGCUUCAUCUGGAAUUAGACCAUCACGUGGUCGCUCACGUUCAACUUCAAAUGGUCGACUUUCAGUAAAUAAAAGAGGUGAUAGUUUUGGCACACGCGGUGACCAUAUAUACUCUGCAACACAUGAUGCUAGCGGGAGGGUUUCACGGGAUGCUGGUGAUGUCACUCCAGCAGUGACAGUGAAAGAUGCUCUUUUCGUACUUGAAAGAGAUCGUGGUGGUGGUGGUCAAGCCGGUGGAACGCGAGAGUAUAUCUUUAUUAAACUUAGGGAUAUGUCAAGUGGCUACGUUGAAAUU